AUGGCGAAUCUCUAUUCUUUGGAAGCAUUUGAUCGGACAAUGAGAGAUAUCACAGGGAUUGUUGAACCAUUUGGUGGAAAGAUUCUAAUCAUGGGAGGUGAUUUUCGUCAGGUCACAUUUGUACGAGAUGUACAUGUUUUACAUCUGAGGAAGAAUAUGCGUGUAGCCAAGGAUGCAUCUUAUUCUAAGUUUUUGAUUCGUGUUGGAGACGGGGAUGAACCUUGCGUUGCUAAUGAGACGAUAAAGGUUCCAGAAGAGAUGGGCAUACCAUGGGUUAGUGAUGCUUCUUUGUCUCAGCUUAUAGAUGUAACAUUUCCAAACUUUGUGGAAAAUGCCAGAGAUAUAGACUACAUGGUUAAUAGGGCAUUGAUCACACCGUUGAACGAGUACGUCGAGAAGCUUAAUGACCGACAAGAAUACUUGAACAACAUUGCUCCAGGAGGUUUACCAUCACACAUUUUGAAACUGAAGAUCGGUGCGCCUAUUAUGCUAUUGCGGAAUGUUGAUGCAAAAUAUGAUCUAUGCAAUGGUUCAAGGCUCAAAGGGUUCAUGGUUCAUAAUUUAGAGUUCAGGGUUCAAGUGGGUGGUGGUGGCAGCGGCAGCGGCGAUGGUGGUUUCUCUGGUGAUAGUGGUGGCAGUGGCGGCUGCGGCGGAGAUAAGGGUGGUGGCAGUGGCGGCUGCGGAAGUGGGGGUGUGGUGGUGAUCAACUAUGAUCUUAACAGAUAUGUCCCUCUUUUUAAUAAUUUAUAA